CACCAGGUCACCAUCGAGACAGCGGAUCUACAAGAUUUUUUUUUUUUUUUAACUUGAGCAAAAAUGUCGGAUAUGAGACGUAGCUCGACCAUGAACAGCUUCGUAAAUAUGGCGUCAAUAGGGGAGUUCGAUCCGUUGACAGCUGCCAUUCCCGCCACCAAAGUUGAAAUCACAGUCUCGUGCAGAAAUCUUCUGGAUAGAGACACAUUUUCAAAGUCUGAUCCAAUUUGCAUUCUGUACACUCAGACCAUUGGAAAUAGAGAAUGGCGAGAGUUUGGCCGAACAGAGGUGAUCGACAACACCCUAAACCCAGACUUUGUGCGGAAAUUUAUCCUUGACUACUUCUUUGAGGAAAGGCAAAACCUGCGUUUUGACCUGUAUGACCUUGACUCCAAGAGUGAAAACCUGUCCAAACAUGACUUCCUGGGCCAGGCGUUCUGCACACUGGGCGAGGUGGUGGGCUCUCUGGGAAGCCGCCUGGAGAGACCUUUGAUUGGGAUUCCUGGUAAGAACUGCGGGACCAUUAUUAUCACAGCAGAGGAGCUAGGCAACUGCAGGGAAUCAGUUCUGUUGCAGUUUUGUGGAAACAAACUGGACAAGAAAGACUUUUUUGGGAAAUCAGAUCCCUUCCUCGUCUUUUACCGCAGCCAUGUAGAUGGAACAUUCACCAUCUGCCAUAAAACAGAGGUGGUAAAGAACACUCUGGAUCCAGUCUGGCAGGCGUUUAAGAUUCCUGUCCGUGUUUUGUGCAAUGGAGACUAUGACAGGGAGAUAAAGAUUGAGGUGUAUGACUGGGAUCGAGAUGGCGGUCAUGACUACAUUGGGGAGUUCAGCACCAGCUACAGGGAGCUGUCCAAAGGCCAGUCUCAGUUUAAUGUGUAUGAGGUGGUAAACCCCAGGAAGAAGAAAAAGAAGAAGAAAUACAAGAAUUCUGGAACCGUGACAUUGCUGUCCUGCCUCGUAGACAUAGAAGUCACCUUCCUGGACUAUAUCAAAGGAGGAACUCAGAUCAAUUUCACAGUGGCAAUUGACUUCACUGCAUCAAAUGGUAACCCGUCCCAGCCUACCUCACUGCACUAUCUGAGCCCCUACCACCAGAAUGCCUACGCCAUGGCCCUGAGGGCAGUGGGUGAGAUCAUCCAGGACUACGACAGUGAUAAGAUGUUCCCCGCACUGGGCUUCGGUGCAAAGCUUCCACCAGAUGGCAGAGUCUCGCAUGAGUUUGCCCUGAAUGGGAAUCCUGAUAACCCCUACUGCAGUGGAAUAGAGGGGGUGAUGGAGGCUUACUACCAGAGCCUCAAAUCAGUCCGACUCUACGGCCCCACUUACUUCUCACCUGUAAUCAAUCAUGUAGCCAGAUAUGCUUCCCUUGUGAGAGAUGGCUCAGAGUACUUCAUCCUCCUCAUCAUCUCUGACGGUGUCAUCUCAGAUAUGGCACAAACGAAAGAAUCUAUUGUCAAUGCUUCUUGUCUUCCAAUGUCAAUAAUAAUUGUUGGAGUAGGACCUGCUGAAUUUGAUGAAAUGAUUGAGCUGGAUGGAGAUGAAGUGAGAAUUUCAUCCAGAGGAAGAUUUGCUGAGAGGGACAUUGUUCAGUUUGUGCCAUUCAGGGAUUACAUCGACCCCAGGGGCAACCACAUCUUGAGCAUGGCUCGUCUGGCCAAAGACGUCCUAGCUGAAAUACCGGACCAGUUUCUGCACUACAUGAGAACCAGAGGCAUCAAGCCACAGCCUCCACCUCAGUCCUACACCUCCAAACCCCCAUCAGUACCGAUGCAGACCCAGAUCUAAGGUCACAAAGACAAUCCCACCACUCUCUCUUUGUCCCGCUCCUUUGGACUAACAAAGGCAUUUUUACUUUGAUCAGAGGACUCAAGCUCUUAGUAGCAUCCUGAAAUUUGAAGAUGUUUACCAAGUUGCCAGACCAGGGAAAUAGAAUUGUUUUCCCGGAGUGUCAUUGUAAGGCUUCCUGCAAUGGGAAAGAUGUGAAUUUUAUUUUUUGAUCUUCCAUAGCUCCUCUGCAUUCAAAUGACAUCACACUGUUGUCACAAAUCUCUCUUGAGAAAAAAAUGUUUACAAUUGUACUGAUUUCUACUGAUGGUUAAUUUUAUACUUUUUCAUGCUAUAAGACGUGUUUUUUCAGAGGUUAUAAAUAUGUCAGCCCAGAGACUGAAGCUGCCAGGAGAGAGGAAACCUUUUGAGUUAUUUCUGUGUGAAAAUAGGCAUGUUAAAUGUGAUGCGCAUGCAGUGUCAUCUCAGACCGAGUUCUCCCUCCACUGAAACAUGUCACACAGACAUUGUGUCUGUGAGACCAACUGUAGCUCCCAAUCCGUACCUAAAUGCCUCAAAAUGGGGACAACUUCUUCACCGACUGGACAGCCUUAUCCUCAGCACACUCACUGACGCUGCUUAAAAGGAUAUGGUGACUGUGUGUCCAGGGCCCAGCUGUCAAAAACAUGACCACAUUAUAAUUUUUAUUGUCUUAAAAUAUGCAUAUGCUGUUAUAUGUUUCUUGCCUUCAUCAUUCAAAGUAAUGGGAAGAAUUUCAUGUUAUGGUUCUAUGUCAAUAUGUUGUAUGCUUUUCUCACCCAUGAGAUUCUCAGUUGUUCAUUUGUAAGUUGAGUGUUUAUAUUUUAAUGAUGCCGAGGACAGAAAGACAUUUUUUAAAAGACAGAAACUGAGCCAUUUUGUCUUUGUAUAUGUAAUAAUCAGCAAUGGUCACACAGUGAUACAUGCAGACGGUCAGAGAUAUGCUGUGUCUUUGAGAAGGACCACAGGCAACCAAUCAGAUUGAGAAGCCUACAAUUUUCUGCAGUGUCCUUGUUUUAUCCACCUACUUGUGACUUAAGAAGCGAGUUAAAUGGUGACGGUAUAUUUACAUUUAUACAAUUACACAUUUCACUGCCAUUACUUCUAGUGCAAGUAAAUCCUGUUCUGCAGCACCAUACUUGUGCUUGUAUUUUACAGAGAUAAAAACUACACAAAUAAUUACAUCACUAACUGUAUAUAUUUAAAUAAUUUCAGACUGCCUGGAGAUAUCAAAGAGUAUUAAAAUCAUUAAGAAUAUUGGUCAUCAUAAAAUAUAUAUAAUUGUUUUUAUCUACAAUGUAAGGAAGUCAUUCAUUGUGAGUCUUCCUUUAGGACAUGGCCUGUGAGAAUGCACAUUUAUAAUCUCUCGGGCUUCUUGAUGCUCUUUUAAAAGCUGAGCGAGCCCUGGUAACCAGGAAAAAAAUAACUCACACAGAGGAAUAGAGGAACUUCAUUUAUUUAACAUGACAGGAUGCCAUCUUCAAACAUACACCCACAUAGAUUCUCUCUCAUGCGCCAUACAUCUGUAUACUACAUGUAUAAAAAAUGCAGCAGCAUUUCAAAUGCAAAACAGGAACUACACUAUUCUUUUUUCAGGCAGAUGUCUCUGUGAAUCCAAAGACUUUAUAAGCCUGCUGUUUGAAUUCUCCCUCUGUGGUGUAUACAGCUGUUAGAAACCAGCCCUAGACUUAUGUCACUUCCACAAGCACAAGAGCAUGUAAUCUUUGGCAAAAGUAAAAUGUUUGUUUUCUUUAAUAGUAAGUAGCCUACACACCCAGUGUAAUUUUGAAUUGCACGUUCUUAGGUGGGUCCACGAUCACAUGCUGCCUCUCGUGGAGAACUCUCAGGAGAUUGGAUUUCUGGGUAAUUAAUAAAGGACAUAGGAGGAAUAGAGGAACUCCCUAACUAAGAGUGAGAUGUUGGUCCAGGUAUCAUCCCCAUCAUCCCCUUGGUUUAACUGUAGGGUUUAUGAUGUUAGUUACAGUGCACAAUAACAAACAAACUGAUUACCAUCUCACAUAGGGGAAUACGUAAGUAAUCUUUAUAACAUUUAUUUUCUAUCUUUGGCACUUUGUCCUUUGGCUCAGGUCAAAAUGUUUCGCAAUAUACAGUGAAUUAACUGAAGCUAUACGAAGAGUCCUGCUAUUUUGCUCAGUUUUGUGAGAGGUUUGUUUUUGAGCAAAGGGUUUUUAGUAUGACAAACUGAUCAUUAGCACACAUGUGGUGUUCAGCCUCAGGUAAAAAAGUGUGAGUAGUCUUGAGGAGGACUGAAUGAUUUCCAAGAGUCUCUCCACUGUCCUUAUGAAAGAAACAGCUCUGCUUCCAAAUAAGGCUUCCUCUUAAAUCCUGCCUUUUAAACAAUACUGUCACUGAUCUUCAUUUGUACAAAAGAGAGUAACAAAUUACUGAAUUGUUAAUCAAAUAUCAUGAAAGGAUUAUUGUGAACUAAAUUCAGCAUUAUGAAAUUCCAGUUAUUGUGGGGUAGUUUAAGUACUUGUCUUACCUUUGUCUCAAAUUCUGGAUUAUGUGGACAUCACAGAGGAACAGUGGACAGUCUCCUUUUGGUGAUGCUGUAUGCAGUGUAACCUGUACAAUGUAUUUUUGAGUGAGAUUAAUAUAAUGUGAUUAUUUUACACACAGACCUCUCUACACUCAAAGUAUAUUAGUAUUGCUGAUAUCAUUACUUGUUAUUACUGGCUGCUGCAUUUGCAUGAGUAUUCUGAUGAAUUUGAUGCACCUUUUCCUUGACUUGUGACCUGUGUUUUAUUGCAACAGAGAAUUUGCCUUAAAAUCACACUGAACUCUUGGAAUUGUGCAAUGCCUUCAGUUUGAAGUAAAUCCAU